AUGGCGCUACACAACCUCUUCCAUGACGCCCAGACGGGACACAUCGACACCCCCCGCCUAGCACUAAGCCUCCUAGCAGCCCUCACAAGCUACGCCAUCCUCCUAGCCCUCUACCGCAUCACCCUGCACCCCCUCGCGCACAUCCCAGGCCCCAAACUCGCAGCCGCGACGGGGUGGGUAGAAGCCUACUACGAGCUGCUCCACCGCGACAAGACCAGGGGCCGCGGCGGGCAGUUCCCCUUCGCCUACCGCGCGUGGCACGAAGCAUACGGCCCCAUCGUCCGCAUCAGCCCGCACGAGGUGCACAUCCGGGACGCAUCCUUCCACGAGGCGCUGUACGCCGGCGCGCGGCCCGCGAGCCGGCCCCGGCACCUCGAGGACAGGUUCAACAACCCCACGUCGGUGUUCGCGACGGCCGACCACCACGUGCACCGCGCGCGGCGGGCGGCGCUCAACCCCUUCUUCUCGAGGCGCCGCGUCGCGGAGCGCGCGGGCCUGCUGCAGGAGCGGGCUGAUGCGCUGUGCCGGCGGGUGGAGGCGGAGUUCCGCGGGCGGGAGGAGAAGGUGCUGGUCGUGAAUGACAUGUGGGGGUGCUGGGCUUUGGAUAUCAUCAUGGAGUAUGUGUUUGGGCGGCGGCGUGAUUUCGUCCGGGAGCCUGGGUUCCGGGCUGAGAUUGUCGUGGCUAUCUUUUCGAUGCUUGAUGGGAUCCACUGGGUCACGCAGUUUCGGUGGCUGUUCGGGGUGUUGUACAGACUCCCGGGCCCGGUUGUUGGGUGGAUGAGCUCGGAUAUGAGACGGGUCAUCGCCUUUGAUGAUGAAAUGACGGCGCAGGUCAAGGAGGUCCUGAACGGCGCCGAAAGCAAGGAACAGCCCGAGACCAUCUUCACCUCGAUCAUCCAGUCGGACAUCCCCCGGGAAGAGGUGACGGUGCAGAGGCUGCAGCACGAGGCCAUCGGGCUCGUCGGCGCCGGCGUCGAGACGACGAUGCGUUCGCUGUCGCUCUCGGUGUUCCACAUCGCGGACAACCCAGCAGUCCACCGUCGGCUCCGCGCGGAGCUGGAGGCGGCCAUCCCGGACCCGGACGAGAUGCCCAGCCUGAACGAGCUGGAGAAGCUCCCCUUCCUGACGGCCUGCAUCCACGAAUCCCUGCGCCUCUCAUACGGCCUAUCGCAGCGCAGCCCACGCAUCUUCGAGCACGAGGACACGGUAUACAAAAACCACAUCAUCCCCCGCGGCAGCACCAUCAGCAUGGACACGUACGACGUCGCGCACGACGAGGCCCUCUUCCCGGACAGCUUCUCGUACCGCCCGGACAGGUGGCUGGGCACUGAAAGCAGCCAGCAGGCGCUGGCCCCCGACGGGCGGCAGCUGUCGCGGUACCUGGUGACGUUUGGGCGCGGGGCGCGGGCCUGUGUCGGGAUGCAGCUGGCGUGGGCCGAGCUGUACGUGGGGCUGGCCAGCUUCCUGCGGCGGUUCGAGGUGGAGGUCUGUGGGACUGGUAGGGAGGACGUGGAGCUGGCCAUGGACCGGUUCGUGCCGCGUCCUGUUGCUGGGAGCAAGGGCGUUCGUGUGUUUGUGAAGUAG